AGCAAAGACCUCCAUCAUGUAUUAAAACCUGUAACCUUGGUCUAAAUCAAGUAUCUGUAGCAACUGUUCCAAAUUAUAGGUAUAUUCUAAUAUAUAAUAUACAAUACAGCAAGGUGAAUGACGUCUUUAUCCAAAAUCAGCUUCCGCUAUCUCUCAUACAGCGUGGUUUCCAAGGGGAACAAAUGUUUAGUCAGAAAUUAGCUACUUCAGUAUCCAAGAAGUUUGGUAUCACUAUAAAACUAAGCUGUGUGAUGACUUGGCAUUUUCUCAACUUUGUUCGUAAUCUGAUCUGGGCAAGCCUAACAGAAACCAGAUUGUGGCCUGCUCCCUUGCAUCAUUUUCCUCAACACCCUGUUCGAGUUCAGCAGUUAAAGCUGCACAGGGGAACUCUGCAAGGGGAGUUAAGGUUGUGGCACUAUGUCAAACUGCUAACAACUGCCUACAUACAAGUCUUGCUAUAGAUAUGCCAGUUAGAAAGAGGUCAAUCCCUAGUUUCAGCUGCAGUUACCUGGCAACCACACUUAUCUUUGUUGGUAACACUGGAUCAGUUACCAGAACAACUGAACUAGUUCCUAGUUCUCCAAAAUGCCAUCUUUUGUAUUUGAAUAAACUAAAACUUCAAGCAUUGCAAAAGAGCUUUUUUAUAUCUGAUUUAUGUAAACGAAUGUCCAGUGAUUUAUAUUCUUUGAGGCUGUAUACUACAUCAUGAGCCAGUUCUCCUCUCAUUAGUGUCAUUUAUGAAUAAAACACCAGGAAACUCAA